AUGCGCGGCAAUCAUGCCGGACAGGGCGGCGCCGCCAAAGUGAGAGGCGCAUCUGCAGGCGACUCGCGCGACGACCUCGCGCUGCGCUUGCUGGCCGUCGCAUCGCAGCUCACCUUGAAGCGCGCCCUCGAGAUCCGCGAGCUGCAGGCCGCCACCUUCCGCGUCAGUCUUCUGCCGGCGAGUGCUCCAGCGGUGCAGGCCAUGAAGUCUGCGACAGCGCCGUUCGCCGAGGGGCCCCGCGCCGCUGCCGCCAGGAAAGGAACGGCGCCGGCCGGCGAGCCCCACGCCCACGCAUGGGCGGCAUGGGCGAUGAACGCGGUCAAGAAGACGUUCGACAAAGGCCAUGUGAAGGUUUAUCUCGCUACCAAGUCGACUCCAGACUGCUCGACGCUGGCGGGCGCCGCCAUCGGCCACCUCCUCAAGCAGGGCGGCAAGGAGAAGACGGGCCAGGCCCCGCGCGGCGGCAACGAACGCCCCCUCCAGACUUUGCACGAUCAGCUGAAGGAGGUCGUCGGCGACAAGAGCAGCAUGACAGAUGUGGAAAG